GUGAGCUCAGUUGGUAGCAGAGGGCACCAGUGGCUGCAGGAGUUCCCAGAGGGACCCCAAGGCUCGUGAGCAGGGGCCCGCAGUGCGGGUUAUGCUGGGGGCUCGGAUCCCUGUGGACAAUCGGACAAUCAGGACAGCACCAUGGGGGAUUCGCUGGACGAUUAUGAGGAGGGACUGGAGGAGAUUCCAGAGCAGGAGGAAUAUGAAGACCUGAGCAUUCCUGUGCCUCAGAUAGAGGAGCCAGAAGCUCACUUCACCGAGCCUACAGCCACCGAGCCUACAGCCACAGACUACCACACCACAUCGCACCGGGGCACCCACGAGGUCUAUGUGGAGCUUCAGGAACUAGUGAUGGAUGAGAAGAAUCGGGAACUGCGAUGGAUGGAAGCAGCACGCUGGGUUCGGCUAGAGGAGAACUUGGGGGAGGACGGGGCCUGGGGCCGCCCGCACCUGUCUUAUCUCACCUUCUGGAGCCUCCUGGAGCUGCAGAGAGCCUUCGCCAAGGGAACUGUCCUCCUGGACCUGUCAGAGACCUCCCUGGCCGGAGUGGCCAACCAGCUGCUGGAUAGGUUUAUCUACGAGGAUCAGAUCCGGCCUCAGGACCGAGACGAGCUGCUCCGGGUCCUGCUGCUCAAACACAGCCAUGCGGGAGACCUAGAGGCCCUGGGGGGUGUGAAGCCCACAGUCGUGACGCGUUCAGGGGACCCCACACAGCCUCUGCUCCCCCAACAACCCUCGCUGGAGACACAGCUCUUCGGUGAACAGGGAAAGGGGGACAUAGAAGGGCGCUCAUCAUCUGGAAUUUUGGAAAAGAUCCCCCCGGACUCUGAGGCCACCCUUGUGCUAGUAGGCCGCACCACCUUCCUGGAGCGGCCGGUGCUAGGCUUCGUCCGGCUGCAAGAGGCUGUGGAGCUGGAGGACGCCGUGGAGCUGCCCGUGCCCGUGCGCUUCCUCUUCGUGCUGCUGGGACCUGAGGCCCCUUACAGAGACUACACCCAGCUGGGUCGGGCAGCUGCCACUCUCAUGUCGGAGAGGGUGUUCCGCACGGACGCGUACGUGGCCCAGAGUCCGAGGGAGCUGGUGCACUCUCUGGAGGGCUUCCUGGACUGCAGUCUGGUGCUACCCCCCUCGGACGUUCCCUCGGAGCAGGCGCUGCUCAGCCUGGUGCCUGUGCAGAAGGAGCUGCUGCGAAGACGCUAUCUGCCCAGCCCCGCCAAGCCAGACCCCAGCUUCUACAAGGGCUUAGAUUUGAAUGGGGGUCCAGGGGUCCCUGGUGGCCCAGAUGACCCUCUACGACGAACAGGAAAACUCUUCGGGGGCCUGGUGCGUGACCUAGAACGCCGCUACCCCCGCUACUUGAGUGACAUCACAGACGCACUCAGCCCCCAGGUCCUGGCUGCCGUCAUCUUCAUCUACUUUGCGGCCCUGUCACCGGCCAUCACCUUCGGUGGCCUCCUGGGAGAGAAGACCCAGAACCAGAUGGGGGUGUCGGAGCUGCUGACUUCCACUGCGAUACAGGGCAUUCUCUUUGCUCUGCUGGCGGCUCAGCCCCUGCUUGUGAUUGGCUUCUCAGGGCCCCUGCUCGUGUUUGAGGAAGCCUUCUUCUCGUUCUGUGACAGUAAUGGCCUGGAGUACAUCGUGGGCCGCGUGUGGAUCGGCUUCUGGCUCAUCCUGCUAGUGAUACUGGUGGUGGCCUUCGAAGGCAGCUUCCUGGUCAGCUUCAUCUCCCGCUACACUCAAGAGAUCUUCUCCUUCCUCAUCUCCCUCAUCUUCAUCUAUGAGACCUUCAGCAAGCUGAUCAAGAUUUUCCAGAGGCACCCACUGCAGAAGCAUUAUUACCACAACGUGACGAUAGAUCCCAAAGAUCAGGCCCCUCUGCCCAACACAGCCCUCCUCUCCCUUGUGCUCAUGGCCGGCACCUUCUUCUUCGCCAUGAUACUGCGCAAGUUCAAGAACAGCUCUUAUUUCCCUGGCAAGCUGCGACGGGUUAUCGGAGACUUCGGGGUUCCUAUCUCCAUCCUGAUUAUGGUCAUGGUGGAUUUCUCCAUCCAGGACACCUACACCCAGAAACUCAGUGUGCCUAAAGGCUUUGAGGUGUCCAAUCCCUCGACCCGGGGCUGGUUCAUACACCCACUGGGCUUGCACUCCCAUUUUCCCAUCUGGAUGAUGUUCGCCUCCGCCCUGCCUGCACUGCUGGUCUUCAUCCUCAUCUUCCUUGAGUCCCAGAUCACCACGCUGAUUAUCAGCAAACCAGAGCGCAAGAUGGUCAAGGGCUCCGGCUUCCACCUGGACCUGCUGUUGGUCAUUGGCAUGGGUGGAGUGGCUACCCUCUUUGGGAUGCCAUGGCUCAGUGCCACCACUGUGCGUUCUGUCACCCACGCCAAUGCCCUUACCGUCAUGGGCAAAGCCAGCGCCCCGGGGGCUGCAGCCCAGAUCCAGGAGGUCAAGGAGCAGCGGAUUAGCGGGCUCCUAGUUUCUGUGCUCGUGGGCCUGUCCAUCCUCAUGGGACCCAUCCUGUCCCACAUCCCUCUGGCUGUGCUAUUUGGCAUCUUCCUCUACAUGGGAGUCACAUCCCUCAGCGGCAUCCAGCUCUUUGACCGGAUCUUGCUUCUCUUGAAGCCACCCAAGUACCACCCAGACUUGCCCUAUGUCAAGCGGGUAAAGACCUGGCGCAUGCAUUUGUUCACGGGCAUCCAGAUCAUCUGCUUGGCAGUGCUAUGGGCAGUGAAAUCUUUCCCGAGCACCUCGCUGGCCCUGCCCUUCGUCCUUAUCCUCACAGUGCCCCUGCGCCGCCUCCUGCUGCCACUCAUCUUCAGGAACCUGGAGCUCCAGUGUCUGGAUGCCGAUGAUGCCAAACCAACCUUUGAUGAAGAGGAAGGUCAGGAUGAAUAUGAUGAGGUGCCCAUGCCUGUGUGAGGGGAAGACCCAGGCCCCCUCCACCAUUCUCCUGCUUCGCUGUCUCAGGAAAAGCAGAAUUUCAUGGGCAUCUCAUGGACUCCCAGGUCCCUCCUGAAGCAAAAGCUGAGGCCCCAGGGUUGUGGGUGGGGGAACGAAGUCUAGGAAACCUUCCACGAUGGGUUAGACUGGCUUUUCUAGCUGGAAAUGGCCAGUGGAACCCACAUCAGGGCAUUAGCUUUACAGCCCGUCCUGUUGCCACAUUGCCACAUGGGGAUAAGCUGUUGGGAGUCUUGGAUCUAAGCCUCACCUCCUCAUGGCACAGACAGGGGUAGUAGUGAGGGUAGAAGCUGGUGGAGGUGGGUUCAAGUUCCUGCUUGCUGAGUGACCUUGGGUAAGUUCCUUAACCUCUUCAGACUCUGCUUCUUCUUCUGUAAAAUGGGUAUAUUGAUAAUAAUACUCACAUUCCUGGAGGAUCAAAGAUAAAUGUGAACAAAGGGCUUUGUAAAAUCUGAAAGGACUAUCAUGCAGUAGUCAUCAUGCUUCUUCAAGCCUGUCCAAGGUCACACAGCCAUACAGCUGGGAUCUGAACCAGGUCUCCUGACUCUGAGGCCAGAGCUCUGUGCUCUACUUCAGUCAUCCACCUUCCCACGCUUAGAGAUGUCCUUGCUGACUCCUCCCUCCCUCUUCUCUGCUCCCACCCUCUACCUGGGGUCUCUUUUCUCUGGAGCAGAAGGAGGUGUCCUUGUGAGGGCAAGGUGCAUGUGAGGAGACAAUCAGGCCUGUGACUCAGCACUCCUAAGUACUUGCUUCCUUCCUCCCCCCAUGCUCUCAUUCAUUCACUCAUUCAUUCAUUCCACAAACAUUUACUGAGGCCCUGGACCCUGUGGACACGGAGGUGACUGAGACAAGACCCUACCUAAGAGUGGGGGGCAGGGGAGCAACACACAAUCUGUUCUAUAUUUGGAUGGGGGUUGGAGGGAGGGAGGAGAUGGGGAGGGGAAGGGGAGGGAGGUUUGUAAUUUAUUGAUUAUGUAUUUUCUCAGAGCUAUCAUUGUACUUUGGCUUCCCACACAUGCCCAUGCCCCCCAUUAGAGAUCCACUGUCCCACCCAACCCCACCCAAGCCGAAUCUUGGGGAGAACCUAGAUUUGACCAAUUGGGAUAGGAGACAGCAGGUUCUGCAGAACAUGGACAAAAUUUAUUUAAAAAAAAAACAAAACC